CAGUGACUUAAGCUUGAGCAGAGGUUGGGGAGGACAACCUUCCUCCAAGCCACCCUACUGCAGUCUCAGAAUACAUGGCCUAUGUCAGGACCCUAAGGGAAGGAACAUGGUGCUUUAUGGCUGGUGAGGACCAAGGGAAGAACAAAGAAGUGAGAGACGAGAGGCAUGGCAUCUGUGAAGCCCCUUGAAGAUAUUAGAAUAGCUCUGAAAUCUGAGAACUGGCCAUUAUCUGUUAUAUCUGCAGUUUUAGAAGUCUUACAACUGCAGGCAAGGAAAAAAAGAAGCUAGCCAGGAUUCCUGCAGGACAGGCAAAGGAGGGAGAAUCUUAACAUGGAAAAGGUCUACAAAGAAAAUGAACGAAAGCCAGAAAAUGAAGGAAACUUCAAAAAUGAGGGAAAGCCAGAAGACGAAGUAGAUACAGAAGAUGAAGGAAAAUCAGAUGAGGAAGAAAAGCUGGAAGUGAAGGGAAAGCCAGGGCAUGAGGGAAAGCUCCAGAAUGAGGGACAGCCAGAUGAUGAGGGACAACCAGAAGAUGAGAAAAAGCAAGAAAAGCAGGGCAAGUCUGAAAAUGAGGGAAAACCACACAGUGAGGGCAAGCCAGAGUCCCUGACAAGGGCUGAGAGUGAGUCACGGGCUGCCGAAAAGCGCCCAGCUGAAGAUUAUGUGCCUAGGAAAGCAAAAAGAAAAACGGACAGGGGGACAGACGAUUCCCCCAAGGACUAUCAGGAGGACUUACGGGAAAGGCACUUGGGCAGUGAGGAAAUGAUGAGAGAAUGUGGAGAUGUGUCAAGGGCUCAGGAAGAGCUAAGGAAAAAACAGAAAAUGGGUGGUUUUCAUUGGAUGCAAAGAGAUGUACAGGAUCCCUUUGCCCCAAGGGGGCAACGGGGUGUCAGAGGAAUGAGGGGUGGAGGUAGGGGCCAGAAGGACUUAGAAGAUGUCCCAUAUGUUUAAUGCCUUUGGCCUUCAAUUCUGAUUUCUCUAGUGAGAAUAUUGCUGACCCUGCUUUCCCUGGUAGGCAUUUGCCGGGCUAUGUGCUUUAACCUUAUGCGGAUACUUUGCUUUAGGUGUCACUCUCGGUUACCAGCAGCCUUCACCCAACUGCAGCACUCUGUCUUUAAGUAGGGAACUUUCACCCAUGUGCAUGGAAAAUAUGUUCAUGGUACAUUGUAAAAUAAUAAUAAAAAAAACAGUUUUCAGAACCGCA